AUGGCCCCCGCGCAGCUGGCGGCGGCGCGCGCGGCCGCCGCAUUCUGGAUGCUCACGCUGGGCCUCUACAACCCGCAGAGCUUGCCCGCCUGGCGGGAGGAGCUGGUGAGCGAGGCGCUGCAGAAUUUCGACGUGGUGGUGCUGCCAGGCACGCAGCAGCGCCAGAGGGACGACGCGAUCCCCGUCACGGCCAUCCGCACGAUGAGGCAUGUGGCCUACGGAUGGGGCUGGCGUCGAGGAAGGUUCACGAACAAGAGCUGCGGCAUCACGAUCAUGAUUGGGAGGAGAGUUCGUCGCAACCACGUUCGCCAGGUACUCAGCCCUCCGCCGAAGCUGGGCAUCACUGGAAGGGCGGGAGGGAUCAAGCUGGCAACGGCGCGGACUCCGAUGCUCGUCUUCGGAGUUUAUCUCACGCCCUCUGGGACCCAGGAGGAGCGCACGGAGUCCAUGCAGCGCAUCCUAGGCUGGAUCACAGACGAGGUGGCGAAGGCAGGCAACAGGUACCUGGUGGUGAUCGCUGGGGAUUUCAACGAGCAGCUGGGUUUCAGCGACAUAGACGAGGUGGCUGGACGGCACGGACGACAUCGGCGAUCAAGACAAGUAGAACAAUUACGAUGGUGGGCGGCCACUAACUACCUUACCGCGGCCAACACGCACUUUCGCUUGCCCGCCAGCUACUACGGGUCAGAGACGAACAGCUGGAUUGAUCAUGUGUUCGUCCCGUCCACGGCUAUGGGAUUCGUGCCAAUGAUCAGGAUGCGCCCCGACCUGAUGCGCACGCUCUCACCGUUCCCUACAGCUGAGCUUCGCGACCACUGCCCAAUGGAGGUCCACAUCACUUACGAGCUGAGCUACUCGCCGCUGCGGAGCGCCACGGAGAGAGUGGAUCGGGACUCCCUCAUGAGGUGCUUGACCAAGGGCGAGCGGAGGCGUGAGUUCUGCGAGAAGGUCGAGUCCAACCUGAGCGCAGUUGAGGCCGAGUGGAACCUCUCCGACUCCGACCCCACGCCAGAGACCAAGCACCAGCUAUUCACGAAGGCGAUCCGCGACGCCACUCUCUCGGUCUUCCCGUCCACGAGGAGGCUGGGCACGGAGUACGAGCAUCUGGUGGAAGAGAGGGUUCAGGCUCUGCGGGCUCGGGCUCAGGUGGCACACGAACUAGCAGAGCUGCAAGCUGGCCUCAGCAACGCAGACCACAACCACGACUUCGAGCGCAACGUGAUGGUUGCAGAGGCGCGGCUACGGCGUCUCACAGGCGAAUGCAAGGCACGUCGCAAGGCUCAUCAGGAAUACACUUUCUACGAGCGGAUCGAGAUGCUCGCCAUAUGCCUGGCGCCCAUGGAGCGGAUCGACAGCACUGGCAGGGGACUCGGCUACGUGGACGAUGCACCCAUGCAGAUGACGAAGUUCGAGCAGUGCCUAUGGGACCUGCUACAAGACACGCGCAUCAAGAAGACCUUCGCUCCAUCGGGCAAGCGCACUCGCGCCAUCGGGCUCGACAAGAACAAAGGGCGGGCCGACCUGAAGGGGCAGCGCGUGAUCCACUUGUAUGACCAUCUCUCGCAGGCGUGGCACAGCGGCCUCCGACGACGGCAACUACCUGGAGACUGGCCAGAGUGGGCGCACGGCAGCUUACCCCAUCGCAGCAGGGAAUCAGCCCUGCUGGCGCUGCAGUCGGCAUGCUGGCGGCUCAGGGAUGCCAACUUCUCGGUUGCGCAGCAAAACUGGGAUGCGGCUGGGGCCUUCAACGCCAUCUGCUGGGAGCACUGGCUCACGCACGCAGGUGACAGACUGCAGGCCGUGGACAGGCCCUUCUUCGCACAACUCCUUUCCGACCUAUGCGUCACCGUAUCGGCCCCUGAUGGCGAACUCGAGUUCACCCCGCAGGAGGGAGGCGCCAUGGGCAGCAGCUUGAUCCCGUGGGGCUUCGUGGCCACCUACUCGGUCGCGGUCAGCAACGCCUUUGACGGGCUGAAGGAACAGGACGAGAGCUUCAACUGGCUCGAUACGAUGAUCCCCGACAGGGACGACGAGACCUUCGACGUCGGGGCUGCGGUGUUCGUGGACGACGUGACGCGCAUCACCCCGAUCCCCAAGCACGCCACUGGGAACGACAUCGUCCGCAGGCUCAACCGCACUACCAGGACGAUCAACACGGAGAUUGGCAAGCAGGGCGGAGGACUUAACGAGGACAAGACUGUCAGCACGCUCGAUCUACGGGGCCAUGGUUCGAAUACGGCGACGAGAAAAGUAGCAACGUCUCGGCAACUGAAGGGGACGGUGGCUAAGUGCGCCAGGUUGCUUGGACCGAUUGUGGCGGCGGACCUGUCCGUGCAUGAGGAGAUCAAGGCCAGGGUGAUGGCGGCGAAGCGGGGCUGGUACAACAUGGGCUCGACUUGGUACCACGAGAUCCAGAAGAGGUGUGCCCGCUUGCAGUUCAUUAGCUACGUAUACGAGACCGCCCUCUCGGCGUUGCACGUGCUCCUCGUCACUCAGAGCCAGAUUGAUCGGAUCACCACAGUCCUCACAAAGCUCCUGCGGUCGUUGAUGGGAGGGCGUUUUACCAAGUGGAGGGACGACGGCUCAGCGCGCACCAUCACGAACGCCAAGGUGUGGGACUACUGGGAGCUGGCCAAGCCAGAGAUCGAGCUGAGAGUGAGGAGGCUGCGGUUCUACCAGCGCAUGGCGAAGUACCCCAAGGCCCACGAGCAGGUGAUCGCGGCGGUCUUCGGGCAGUGCAAGUUCGAGGAGGAGAUGGGGAUCUGCAGGCUGGGAGAGGACGGAUGGCCUAUCUCAACCUCUACGCCGUGGUGCCUACAACUGGAGAAGGAUUUGAGGGAGAUGGGCAAGGUGAGGCUGAUGGACCUGUUCUACGAGGGCGACGUGCACGACCAGUUCAUUAGGCUGGACCUGCGUGCUAUGCGCGCGGCAUCCUUCGCCGUGCAGAUACCCCCACCUGGCUUCGCAAGAGGGAUUCAGAAGGGCACGGUGACGAGGAGGGAGCGCUCGGCGACCAUGGAAGCAGUGAGCGAGGCGGCCGCCCCAGACCUGAAGACGGCGAAGCAGGCGAGGGAGGACGACGAGGAGAGGAAGGCACCAGAGGCGGCCAAACCAGAGGGGGCGACACCCACGGGCAAGGCGAAGGCGGGCAGCAAGAAGAAGAAGAAGCUCGCGACCGAUGGUGGCACGAGGCCUGCCGCCGCCAGCUCCAGCGGGGUCUCCGACGGGAUGGUCGUCAGGCUGCAGAAGGGGGUGCUGAACACGAUGCAGGGGCAGCGCGGCCUGGAGGGAGCGGUGUACGACUUCCGCCUGGUGCCAGUGAACAGCGUCACCGUGGAGGCGGCGGAGGCGAGCGGCAAGGAGGACAACGAGGCGGUGGAGUCCAAGGCUUACACCCCACAGGAGCUCGGCAGCCCGCACGUCCAGAUCGCGAAGAGCGUGAUCAACAAGCUGGCCGUCGCAGACAUGGGCAACGGGCAGCAGGUCAGGCUGGCGCAGUGCGUGAUGUCCCUCAUGAACACGGCGCUGGAGGAGACCCCAGCGCUUACGGGCGAGGUCUUCAAGGGAUUCCGACUCAAGCGGGCGAGGUUCGACGAGCAGGUGCAGGCUACGGGGUGCAGCAAGAUGACGAUGGCCAUCAACCCGCACGUGCAGCUGCCGCUGGAGAAUCCCAAGUGGCUGAGCAAGCACGGCGUGGGGAAGAAGAAGGCGAACGAGGAGGAGAUCAUGGAGAGCGACGCGGAGGGACCGCGAUGCCUCUCCGACAUGCCGCUGAUGCCGAUCUUCGUCAGGGACGUGCGGACAGCGUUCCUCACCAUGCUGGAGGCCGAGGGCGCGGUGCGGUCCGACGGCCAGCCCCCAAGGUCCAGGCUCGAGCGAGAUCUGCAGAAGGAUCUGGGCCAGAUGCUGAAGUUGAGCUGACGGCCCUGAGGCAGCAGAUGGCCAGUGUGGCCGCGAUGGUCGCGGCGACUGGCAGCGAGCGAGGAAGAGAGCUUCUGAGGGCCCUAGAGAGCAGGGUUGCCCGGCUGGGGUCGCUCCGAAGGAGAGCCCACAGUCGGACGUGACGCGCUGCGGGUCCCCAUCACCCCCAGGCCGUUUGGCGGGUUCUGGCCCUGGUGGCUCCGUCCAACAGCUAGGGGGUGGGUGGGACCCGCGGUGCUUUGGUGCAGUCAGCGUCGGUCGCUAGUCGCGGGCCCCCCUGGCUGCAUCGGACCCCGUCGCCGCAUAAGCGGAGCGGGGCGCCGCCAGGCCCCCGCGGCCGCGCGCCGACCCCGUUCCCGACGUCACAGGGGCACAUAACGGUUUUGAGUUUUUCGGCCUGGAACUCGGAAUUCGGUGUCUAGAGCCCUGAGACUGGUUUUGUUGCCCCCGAUGUGUGUUUAGUUUUAGUUUAG